CAGCCGCACGUGCAGCCGCUUCUGGCCCUGCUGGCCCCUAAUCCCCUGAACCUGCGCCUGGGCGCCGGCUAUGGCGGCAGCUGCAGCGGGGACGCGCGUGUUCCUGGAGGUGCGGAGACGGCUGCAGAGCGCUCUGCUGAUCCUGGGGGAGCCUAAAGAAGGGGGUAUGCCCAUGGAUAUUUCUGUAGUGCCGUGCUCACUCCAGGUGAAGACCCCGGAAGGCUGCACAGAGCUCCAGCUUCCAGCAGAGGUCAGGCUUGUGCCUUCCUCCUGCCGAGGGCUGCGCUAUGUCCCGGGAGAGGGACUGCACCUGCGACUGCAGGUGCGGGCAGAAUCUGAUGCCAAACUGAUUUCAAUGUUUAAUCAAAGCUCGCAAGCCCAAGGAUGUUGCACAUUUUAUUGCCAGUCCUGCGGUGAAGUCAUAAUAAAGGACAGGAAGCUCCUCAGGGUGCUCCCAUUGCCGAGUGAGAAUUGGGGAGCGCUAGUUGAAGAAUGGUGUUGUCAUCCUGACCCCUUUGCUAAUAAGCCUCUUCAUCCGCAAGAGAAUGACUGUUUUAUUGGAGACUCUUUCUUCUUGGUGAAUUUAAGAAGUGAUUUAUGGCAGCCAAGACCUGAACUAGCCCCUGUGGAGACACAGUGUCCUUCUGAGAACCAUUUUAAAUUGAAACCAAAGGCAAAUACCAAAGUAAUUUGUAAGCGUUGCAAGGUAAUGUUGGGAGAGACCAUGUCAUCAGAAACCACCAAGUUUUAUAUGACGGAGAUAAUUAUUCAGCCAUCUGAAAGAAAAUUUUCUAUCACAGCAAGGUCUCAGUUUGUACAGAGUGUUAUUGCCCAGUGUCUAGUGGAACUCUCCGCUGCUAGAAGCACUUUCAGAUUCACUAUUCAAGGUCAUGAUGGCAAAGCGUACAUCCUGCUAUGGCUUUUAAACUCAGAUAGUCUGGUGACUGAAUCUUUGGGAAGUUCCAAAAGUAUCAAAAAGUUCCCCCUGUUGGAAGAUAACUUGAAGGCAGAUUCCUAUUCUGCCUGGAAUGCUGUCAAGGUCCUCUACCAGCCAUGCAUCAAAAACAGGAAUGCAAAGCUUUGCAGUGCUUGGGAAAGUGACAUCAGCAUCCACUCUCUAACCCUGCCCUCUGCAACCUGCUUGGAGCUGCUGCUGAUAUUAUCAAGGAAUAAUGCCACACUGCCUCCAUCCCUUCGCUCUAUGAAUUCCUUUCAGGUGGCCUUUUUGAAGAUGUAACUGUUGGAGCUGAGGCCUCCUCUCCCCGCAGACAACUCUCUGGCCAGAGCAUGCCGGAGGCCCGUGUUCUGCACGGUGGGCCACCAUCACAGACACAGGAACCAGAGCUCCAGAGUCAGUGUGUGGCAUUGAAGUUGUGAGUUGACCUGUUGGCAUAUAGUCUCUAAGAGAAGAGUUCACUUCAAAUGUUACUAGAAGUAAGGUGGCAAAGAAUGUUCCAGUAGCAGAGAAGUUAUGACUCUGUUUCCCACAGAGAGGAAUAUUCAGGUAUGUGCUAUGUCCGCAGCACCCGGAAGGAUGUUCACUUGUGGAAUCCCAUCUGUCCUUUGGGGGCUGCAGUGGGGACUCCGCUGGUGGAACCGAAUGUUAACUGCUAUAUAUCUAAGCAGAGAGACUUAUAAACAUCCCAUUCAGUUUGUGGAAGACAAAUAUUUAGAAAGAAAAAUACAGAAUUUUGUAUACCUGAUUCAGAAGGGAUGCUCCGUGAAUAAAUGUGUGUUGAAUGAAUGAUUUUCAAAUUAAAGGUUUUCCUGUGUGUGCAAA